GAAGCUGUGUGCAGCUGAGCUGCUGAGUCUCCCAGAGAAAAAAUACCACCUCCUGCAGCAAAAUGACUGCAGUUCAGGCUCUAAGAGAGUUUAUCACCCAGAAACUGACUGCUGCCGCUGGAGAAAUCUUCACCGCGUUUGAACAAACCAUCGUCCAGUACCAGGAGGAGAUCGACCGACAGAACAGACUGCUGGAAGUCUGCCUGAAGCCUCGGGUCCGGCUCCGCAGAGCAGAGCUCCAGCAGCACCGUGACUGGAGAGAGGAGCAGCUGUUUAAACAGGAAACCAGCUGCUGUCUGGAACAGGGAGAACCAGAACCAGAACCUCCACACAUCAGAGAGGAACAGCAAGAACCAGAACCUCCUCAGAUUAAAGAGGAACAAGAAGAUACAGAACCUCUACUGAUCAACGAGGAACAGCAAGAACCAGAACCUCCUCAGAUUAAAGAGGAACAGCAAGAACCAGAACCCCCACUGAUCAACAAGGAAAAAGAACCAGAACCUCCUCACAUCAGAGAGGAACAAGAACCAGAACCCCCUCAAGUUAAAGAGGAGCAACAAGACCCAGAACCUCCUCAGACUGAGGAUCAGGAGGAACUGGGUUCCGGCUGGGACGGAGAGCAGCCUGUUCUGAGGUUUGAAGGUGAUUCCUUUAAGGUUCCUUCUGUUGAGAAGCUAAAUGACCAGAGAGAACCAGCAGCUGAGAACAGUGAGGACAGUGAGCAGCUCCUCUCUCAGGACUCUGAGGUCCACCAUGAGAAAAAGCGGAGAUCAGAACCAGCUGUGAAUGCAGAAGUGAGAGCAGCCGCCGUGUCUCAGAGUGACGGUGUGGAGAACGCUCUCAUGUCAGAGAACCAGGGUGAAGGUGGAAAGGUUCUCUGGGAGCGAACGCCUGGUCAACAUGUCCUUAAGAAAACCAAGUUAAGUCCAAAGGGAGAACCGGUCCCUGAUAAGAAGAAGACCUGUGGAACCUGUGGCAAGCGCGUGACUCAUCUGGCGCUCCACAUGAGAACCCACUCCGGCGAGCGGCCGUACUCCUGCGAGACCUGCGGGAAGCGCUUCAAGCAGCGGAGCACUCUGCUGCGCCACUCCAGAACUCACUCGGGCGAGAAGCCGUACUCCUGCGAGACCUGCGGGAAGAGCUUCGGUCUGGACAGCACGCUGUUUCGCCACAUCAGAGCUCACAGGGGCGUGAAGCCGUUCUCCUGUGGACGGUGUGGGAAGAGCAUCUGUCGGCACAGCACCUUGUUCCACCACAUGAGAACCCACACCGGGGAGAAGCUGUACUCCUGCGAAACAUGCUGGAAAACGCUCUGAUUCACGGAGACCAUCCAGUCUGGGUGGAACGGGGGACAAAUGUUUACAUCGGACUCUUUCUGCUUCGUGGAGCCGUUCAGUCACUGAAUGAAGCGUAGGACUGUUUGUUUCAUGAUGUGUCCUGGUCUGAGCUGAUGGACAGGGCAGGUCAUGUGACUCUUUCUGAAUUGGCUUUUACAGAGUUGCACUGAGAGAGGAAACAGGCCACGCCUCCUCUCUGCUCUCCUUUAGCGAUCACAUGGGCCGAGCACAUCCCUGUGAUCCGCCAUGACCAUCUCUCUACCUCACACACACACACACACACACACACACACACACACACACACACAUUCAUACAAACACGACUUGUGUA